AUGCUAUACUGGCAGCUGAGGGAAAAGGACAUUAAGGAAGAAGAACUCAAUGGAAUUGGUGAGUUUUUUUUGGUAAGAAAACACCCCAAGCUAAAAGUCAAGCUGGUAGAUGGAAUCAGUUUAGCUGUUGCUAUUGUACUGAAUAACAUUCCAAAAGGAACAACUCAGUUAGAAACAAAAGCACUUGUUCAUACAAAGAGCAUUGGCAUGCCCUCAUAUAAGGUGGGGAGGCCACCAACAUGCAGCAGAAUCCAGGCUGCAUGCCUGGCGCGACCUCCAACAAACAAGGGUGGCCCUGGCCGCCAUAGGUGA